UCUAUAUUAAUAUAUAUAACGAGUAGGCCAACUACCCCAUAAACUCCUUUCUCAGGCGCUCCUCCCAGCAGUCUCUUUCAUUUCAUCUUCUUCCUACCUCUCUCUCUCUCUCUCUCUCUCUCUCUCUCUCAUGGCAGCAGCAGCAGAAACAACAUCAAAUUCUGCGAAUUCAUUUCCCAAUCUAAGAAUCAUAGUAGAAAGCAAUCCCUCUGAUUCACGCUUAUCUGAGUUGGGCAUUAACUCAUGGCCCAAAUGGGGUUGUCCACCUGGGAAGUACACACUCAAGUUUGACGCAGCAGAGACAUGUUAUCUGGUAAAAGGAAAAGUGAAGGUAUAUCCUAAGAAAGCAGCAGCCUCCUCCUCAUCAUCUCCAUCUCAACAUCAUCAUCAUCAUCAUCAGGAUGUUGUUGAGUUUGUAGAGUUUGGUGCAGGGGACCUUGUCACCAUCCCCAAAGGCCUUAGUUGCACUUGGGACGUCUCUGUUGCCGUUGAUAAGCACUACAAAUUCGACUCUUCAUGAGCAACGGCCAUGAUCUUACUAAUAAGCAAAGCUAGUGAUCAUUUGAGCAAAGCUAGUGAGCUUCUGGUUUAUAUAUAUACAUAGCAGCUGCCAUGCCAUGCCAGUUCUAAACUUGAAAUAUUCAGUAUGUAUGUGUGUUUACUUUUAUGAAUUAAAUUAAUGUAAAGUGAUGUUAAUCUCCUUGCUUGAUUGCUUGGUAUAUAAUUAUAUAUCAUAUAUGCAGUUGAGACU